GAGUAGUUAGCGCCGGCGCCGGCGCUCCUGGCUGGGGCGCGCUAGCUCGCCAGCAGCCGGGGUUGAGUUUUCUUUGCUCGAGCCCCGCCUCCUGCCCGCCCCCUCGGAGAGCCGCGCGCAGCCCCCGAACCUCUCCAAGUCUCUAGCACACUUGCAGCCGGUCGCCCCAAAGGAGCAGCAGUGCCCGCGGUGCUCCAUUCCAGAGCUUCUCUGCCCGAUGGAGCUCGGGCGCUGCCGACGCCGCUGCUGCGCGGAACCCUGAGCCUGUCCGGGUGUCCGGAGGACCGUGCCGGCCAGUCCGAGAGUGCAAGAGUGCCCGGGCGCACACCUAGGACAAGGGGCCUCGAGGUUCUGGGAAGCACGCCGUGCCGCUCGCCUGGGUUACCUGGCCGGCGGCAGGGACCAUGGCUCUGAAGGACACGGGCAGCGGCGGCAGCACCAUCCUCCCCAUCAGCGAGAUGGUGUCCGCGUCCAGUUCUCCUGGCGCUCCUCUGGCCGGCGCCCCGGGGCCCUGCGCUCCGUCGCCCUUCCCCGAGGUAGUGGAGCUGAAUGUUGGCGGCCAGGUCUAUGUGACCAAGCACUCGACGCUGCUCAGCGUCCCGGACAGCACUCUGGCCAGCAUGUUCUCGCCCUCUAGCCCCCGGGGCGGCGCUCGGCGCCGGGGCGAGUUGCCCAGGGACAGCCGCGCGCGCUUCUUCAUCGACCGCGACGGCUUCCUCUUUCGGUACGUUCUGGAUUACCUGCGCGACAAGCAGCUGGCGCUGCCCGAGCACUUCCCCGAGAAGGAGCGGCUCCUGCGCGAGGCAGAGUUCUUCCAGCUCACCGACCUGGUCAAGCUGCUGUCGCCCAAGGUCACCAAGCAGAACUCGCUCAACGACGAGGGCUGCCAGAGCGACCUGGAGGACAACGUUUCCCAGGGCAGCAGCGACGCACUGCUGCUGCGUGGGGCGGCGGCCGGCGGCGCGCCCUCGGGCUCUGGAGCGCACGGUGUCAGUGGCGUUGUCGCGGGCAGCAGCGCUCCGGACAAGCGCUCUGGCUUCCUCACCCUGGGCUACCGUGGCUCCUACACCACAGUGCGCGACAACCAGGCAGAUGCCAAGUUCAGGCGUGUGGCGCGCAUCAUGGUGUGCGGGCGCAUAGCCUUGGCCAAAGAGGUCUUUGGGGACACUCUUAAUGAGAGUCGCGACCCUGACCGGCAGCCCGAGAAGUACACGUCCCGCUUCUACCUCAAGUUCACCUACUUGGAGCAGGCGUUCGAUCGACUGUCUGAGGCCGGCUUCCACAUGGUGGCGUGCAACUCCUCUGGCACCGCCGCCUUUGUCAACCAGUACCGAGACGACAAGAUCUGGAGCAGUUAUACCGAGUACAUCUUCUUCCGACCACCGCAGAAAAUAGUAUCACCCAAACAAGAACAUGAAGACCAGAAACACGACAAAGUCACAGACAAAGGAAGUGAGAGCGGGACUUCCUGCAAUGAGCUCUCCACAUCCAGCUGUGACAGCCACUCAGAGGCCAGCACACCACAGGACAACCCGCCCAAUGCCCAGCAGGCUGCAGCUCACCAGCCUAACACCUUAACCUUGGAUCGACCCUCCAAAAAGGCACCAGUGCAGUGGAUGCCACCACCAGACAAGCGCAGAAACAGUGAACUCUUUCAGUCACUCAUCAGCAAGUCCCGAGAAACAAAUCUCUCCAAAAAGAAGGUCUGCGAGAAGCUAAGCGUGGAAGAGGAAAUGAAAAAGUGUAUUCAGGAUUUUAAAAAAAUCCACAUUCCAGAUUGCUUUCCAGAGCGCAAACGCCAGUGGCAAUCUGAACUACUCCAAAAGUACGGGUUGUAGUAAGGAUGAUGUUCCUGGCUUGUUUUAAUGGCAUUCGAUGUUUACUACAACGUAACCACCUGAUUCUUGGUGGGUAUGAUUCCUGCUGCUCUUUCUUUUUUGUGAACCGUGGAUGUGGGACAGUAUUUUUAUUUUCAUUACUUUUGUUGUUGUUUUUAGAAACAUAAUUUUAAAAAUGAAACCAACAAAUGUGUGUCAAAAUGGUGUAUCUAUCUGAUUCAAGCCAUUUUGUGAUAAUGAACGUAUACUGUGCAUGAUCAAGAAACUUAAGAAUCUUGAUUUUUGAACUGUGGUCGACUGGACAUGUUUGUCAUUCUGUAACUCACUAAAUAAAAGAAUCUUCAUAUCAUACCAACUCAGACAACAAUGUGGAUGAAGCAACAUGAAGUAAAAUUUUAGGUGAAGGUUUUAGAACCCAAAUCUACAACUGUUUAAAUGUUAAUGCAAUAAAUAAGUAUUAUUUUUGCAUGAACACGAUGUUACAAAUACAUCACAAGAAAUAAGGAAGAUCUGUUCGUUGCUAUGAAAGAAAAAAUAUUAAAAAAAUAAAGCAAAAAUUAUAUAUAAAUAUAUAUAGUUUCAGGCAAAGCCUAUCAAUGUAAGCUGUCUAGGAGAUUGAACUUCCUUUGUUUCAGAUCUGUGGUUCUUUUGUGUAGGUGUAUGGUGUUUCUGUAUGUUAAGAUGGUGUAAAUAUGCCUUAUACUGUUAUGUUAUGGCAUCGACAUUCAUCUAUCAAUGCUAAUCAUGAUUAUUUCUGUGAAAUGAGUCUUUUUACAUCAGGCUGUGAAAAUUGGUACAAUGAUGAUUUAAAAGAUCCUAUUAUCAUGUUAAUCAAAAUAAUUGAGGGAAAUGGUAAAGAGCUUUAUGUAUUUAUUAAAAAAAGGAAAUGUGUUAGAA